AUGGAAAUAAAGAGGGUUCAUGAAAGGUUGUCCCUCUCGGAAGGGUGUGGCAUAAGGGUCGGGAUGAACGAUGAACGAGCGAUGGAGAACCUGCAAUUCACUGGUGAGUUGAUGCAGAGGACAACAAACAUAAGCAUGCUUGCCACACACGUCAAUCGCUUACAAGAGGAAGCAGAAUGUGCUGGGACACAAAAAAAAUUUCACAGAGAAAAUAAUGAAGUUUUAAAAAUCAUAAAAGUUGCAUCUGAGACUAAUGUUGGAUCAGACAAGAACAUGCAUGUUAUCAGAGCAACAUUCGAUCGCAUUACAUCACUGUACCUCAAAAUUGACGCUAAUCUUCUAGCAAACUGCGUCCAACCAGGAAACAAACACAACGUUAUACACAUCAACAUCACUUAUCAUUUAAAAUCCUAUCACAUGGUAUCAGAAAUUUUUACACAAAAAAAAUCAGGCAGUUGUUUUACAACAAAAAGCACGUUCUACUCCGCCGGCACACCCCACCACAUCCCAUCAACUGACGCAACAUCAAACCAACUAACAUUGCAUUAG